AUGGGGCAAUCAUCGUCAAGGGAACAAGAAGUAUCGCCUGAGCUGCGCGAAGUACAAUCGCUAGCUGCAUCAACUGGAGCUCUUCCCUCUCUUGAAAAGACCUUUUCCCUUCUCUCUGAUCCCCAAACUAAAUCGAUCCCCGUCCAUUCUCUUCGGAAAUGUUUCGAUUUGACCUUUGAGAACUCAGAAUCUGAACAAGAUAAUCUAUUUAAGGAAGCUCCCCUGUUGUUUAGUCAUCUUGGUUCUGCAAUUAUUGAUCUUUUUUUCGUGGCCGAUAAAGAUGGAGUGAAUUGGAUUGAGUUCUUGCGGGGUUAUACAAAAUGUUGCGCGAGGACAGCUGCUUCGACAUCUUUUAAUAAUUUAUUCCGAAUAUUUUACUCGGCUUGUUCAAAAGCCGGGCUCUCGAUUGAUCUCCAGUUUGAGAUGCACGAUGAUGAUGAUUUCAAAAUUAAAGGGUCAUUGUCUCCCCGUGACAUUCUCGUGCUUCUUUGGUUCUGUUGGAUUUUCUCAUGGGAUUCGAGGGCUUUUAAAUUGAAAAAGAGCAGAGGGAAAUGCAGUCUACCUGAUAUCACUCAUUUGGUUUUAUCGGCCGUCGAGGCAUGUGCUGAAGAUUAUCCUGAAUUGAUUUUCUGGGACUCUAAUGUUUCAGAAUUGGAUAUUAAACUUCCCGCUAUGAAAGUUCAUUUAUGGGCUCUGAAAAAUCUGCCGAACCUUGCUGAUUGCUUUGUACAAUUUUUCCAUGCCAGGCUUUGCUAUUUCACUAUCCAUGAGGUUAAAUCAGAGCAAUCAGGCUCUUCUACUAGUGAAAACUCGUCAUCAGGUACUUCUAAAGCUAAUCUUUUGACCCCUGGAAGGGCCUGGGCCAUCUCACUCACCUUGAGAGGUUCUUUACAUGAAGAAAUAUUAAAAGUUUGCUUCCCAAGUGAUCUUGAUGAAGCAAAUGAAAUUCUACUUUAUAGGUCAUCUGCUCAUGGGAAAGGUCUUAAUCGGUUUUGGUCAAAUGUUGAGGGCUAUAACGGUCCAUUACUAGUACUUAUUGCUGCAUGUGAAGAAAAAAAUGAUGCAAGGAGAUGGAUUAUCGGUGCACUCACCAAUCAGGGUUUUGAAAACAAAGAAGUAUUUUACGGAACUUCCGGCAGCCUGUAUGCAUUAAGUCCCCUUUUUCAUGCAUUGCUAUCAUCUGGAAGGGAGAAAAACUUUGUGUAUAGCCAUUUGCACCCGACUGGUAGGGUUUAUGAUGCCCAUCCAAAGCCAGUGGGAGUUGGGUUUGGUGGGAAUAUUGGAAACGAGAGAUUAUUUAUGGAUGAGGAUUUUGCGAGAAUUACUGUGCGCCAUCAUGCUGUCGAUAAAACAUACCAACAUGGAACUCUUUUCCCAAGUCAGGGAUACCUGCCAGUUGAUGCCUCGGUUUUAGAAGUAGAGGUGUGGGGAUUAGGGGGCGUAAAUGCUCUCAAGAUUCAAGCUUCUUACAAGAAGAGAGAACAACUUUUUACAGAGCAAAGGAGAAAGAUUGACCUGAAAACAUUUGCCAAUUGGGAAGACUCGCCCGAGAAGAUGAUGAUGGACAUGAUGUCGAAUCCAAAUGAAGUCAAGAGAGAGGAUCGAUGA